UUGACUUCAAGCGAGCUACCUUUUUUUACCCGCGACAAAGAAACACUCCGCUUCUUCAUCGCCACAUCGCUGGAAUACAUUUCACCAGAGGAGAAGCAUCGUUUCGCCCUAAAGUGUUGCCCAACCGUCGGGAUAAAAAGGGGAACGUUUGGCGAGGAGUUGACUUUCCGCGCGGUGUUAGCAGCCGCAGCUGUGUCCUCCUGAAGACAUCUGGGGCAUGAAACCAGAUCACGUUCCUCUUUCAUUCAUAACUUCCUCCUCCUCCAUCUCCCUCCACCACCCCCCAGUCGGGACCUCUCGCCUCAGCUCCACCGCAUUGAUGAGGUAACGUCACGCUCCGUUCAACGCAGCAACCACCUGCACCAACACCACCCACCCCCCGUCCCCUGCUGUUGCCACCUGAUCCAUCCCAGCCAUGGGCCAGAAGAUUUCAGGUGGCAUCAAAUCCGUGGACGGCCGCGGCGAAAGCGGCGGCUCCCCGUCCUACCGGCCCUCGGCUCAACGCAGGCAGCACCCGGAGUUGAGGGGCCCGGAUUUCUCCAAACCUCCCAGGCUGGAUCUCCUUCUGGACAUGCCGUGUGCCCCACCGGAGACACAACUCCGUCACGCGUGGAACUCGGACGAUCGUUCUUUGAACAUUUUCAUCAAAGAGGAGGAUAAGUUGACAUUUCACCGCCACCCGGUCGCUCAGAGCACGGACUGCAUCCGAGGCCGGGUUGGAUACACGAGGGGCCUGCACGUCUGGAGGAUUCACUGGCCCUCCAGGCAGCGUGGAACCCACGCUGUCGUCGGGGUGGCUACCUCUGAAGCUGCCUUACAUUCUGUGGGGUACACUGCCUUGGUGGGGUCAGACUGCGAGUCCUGGGGCUGGGAUCUGGGACGUAACCGCCUCUAUCACGAUAGCAAAAACCGGGCGCAGAGCUCGCUGCCAACUUACCCUUCUUUCCUGGAGCCGGAGGAGUCGUUCACCCUGCCGGACUCUCUGCUGGUCAUUCUGGACAUGGACGAAGGGACGCUGAGCUUCAUCGUGGAAGGACAGUACUUAGGAGUGGCGUUCCGAGGGUUGAAAGGCAAGAAGCUCCAUCCCAUCGUCAGCGCUGUGUGGGGCCAUUGCGAGAUAUCCAUGAAGUACAUCAACGGACUCGAUCCCGAGCCUCUUCCUCUGACGGACUUGUGUCGGCGUGCCGCCCGCCUGGCGUUGGGUCGCGAGCGCCUUCAGGAGAUCGAGGGCCUCCCUCUGCCCCAGACCCUGAAGAACUACCUCCAGUACCAGUGACUGACAACCUCUGGAGGAGCAGCCAGGAAGCGCUCGAAGGGAACAAACAGGAAAAAAAAAAAAAAAGGUCACGUGGUGCGUUCACUGACACGCCGGGAACAGCGGCACCGGCUUUUCGCGGUUCUGGAGCUACUUUGAAUUUUUUUUUUUCCUCAUUUUGGAUCGGAAGUAAAUUAUCGACGGCCCGCCACCGGGUGACUAUCGCCACCCGGUGGCGGGAAUAGAAAGUGCAGAGAAAGCACAGCAACCCUGGAGGCCUUCAUGAUGAUGUAAUAAUACCAGAGAAGUGACACAGCUGACUCAGCACAAAUGAUGUCAUCGUCUUCAUUGUGUCUGCACUGAAGUCCUUUACAGACAUCCUAACUUAUUGCAACUAAUAACAUUAGUGUUGUUU